UAGGACUGUGAGCGCGCCGCUGUUCAGUGCCACCACUGCCUCGCGCCGGGAUCGUGUACCGGGGACAUUGUUUUGGAUUUUUUUUACACUCUUGUCUUUUUAACGCAAAAGGAACAUAAUUUUGUUUUUGUUUUCUAUUUUAUUUUUUUGUUGUAUCCACGGAGAUGGACCUCAUGAGUCGUCCCUCACGAGCCCUGAGUGUAUUGGGCUAAUGGCACUGUGGAGAAUUGGCCGUUGAUUCUAUAACCGGAAACUGAUCUUCACAAAACAAUGAGAAGUUUCCAUUUGUUUGUUUUACUUACAUUCUCAUGUACCUCGUAUGUGAGUGGAACACAUCCAGACUGUAACUUUCAGUUGGAGCUUCUGAAAGAUGAGGAGGAGUGCCACACCAGACUCAGGAAACAGGAGAAACCCGUUUCCAAAGGAUGCAAAGGGGCCUGGGACAACAUAUCGUGUUGGGACCGCGCAGAGAUCGGCCAAACGGUCACCAUCCCGUGUCCUCGAGUUCUCAAAGCGCUGUUCGGCAUCAACGGGUAUAUCAGUAGGAACUGCACAGCGGGCGGCUGGUCGCACGUCUUCCCCAACAUCACCAGCGUGUGUGGGUCAGAGGCCCAGCAGGAUAAGCUGCUGUUUUACGCCGUGGUGAAGACUCUGUACACCCUGGGACACAGCCUCUCUCUCAUCGCCCUCAUCACUGGGAGCGCCAUCCUCUGUCUGUUCAGGAAGCUCCACUGCACGAGGAACUACAUCCAUCUCAACCUCUUCUUCUCCUUCAUCCUGAGGGCUGUGGCCGUGCUGGUGAAGGACGCCGUUAUCUUCUCCCACAAUGCCCAGUGCUCGGAACAGACCUCUCUGGUGGGCUGCAAAGCCAGCCUGGUCUUCUUCCAGUAUUUCAUCAUGGCCAACUUCUUCUGGCUGCUGGUGGAGGGCCUGUACCUGCACACCCUGCUCAUGGUGCUGUUCUCCGAGAACAGGCACUUCCCCGUCUACCUCCUCAUCGGCUGGGGGUUCCCGACAGUGUUCGUGUUCGCGUGGAUUCUGACCAGAAUGUACUUUGAAGACACCGGAUGCUGGGAGGUGAAUGAUGACUCUGUUCCUCUGUGGGUGAUCAGAGGUCCCAUCGUGUUCUCCAUCAUGGUGAACUUCAUCCUGUUCAUCAGCAUAAUCAGGGUCCUGGUGCAGAAGGUUCGGUGUCCCAACGUCAGGGGUAACGACCUAUCACAGUACAGGAGGCUGGCUAAAUCUACCCUGCUGCUCAUCCCUCUGUUUGGAGUUCACUAUGUCGUCUUCGUGUCUCUCAGCCAGUCCGUGGAGAAUAUCAAAAUAUUCUUUGAUCUGGCUUUCGGGUCCUUUCAGGGCCUGGUCGUGGCCAUCCUGUACUGCUUCCUGAACAGCGAGGUCCAGGGGGAGCUGAAGAGGAAGUGGCGGAGUAUGAGUCUGGAGGGUCUGAGGCGGCGGGACCAGGGCUCCGCCUCCUGCCGGAAUGGCGCAGACACCGCGGCGCACUUCCACCGAAGCUCCCGCGCCCAGUCCCUGCUGCAGACCGAGACCACCGUCAUGUGACCCGCCGACCCCGUCAUGUGACCUGACAACUUCAUCAUGUGACCCGGCGACCCAGUCAUGUGACCUGACAACUUCAUCAUGUGACCUGCUGACC